AUGUCGCUUCAAGAGGCAUGUCUAGAACAAGAGGCAAGAGUCGCAGAACUCAGGUCUCUAGCUGCAAGAGUUGCAGCAGAGACCGGCUCGAGGGCACUACAGGCGGACGCCGAUGCGCUAGCGAGGAGACUGCAACUUGUCGCCGGUGCUGUACAAGCACUGGCUGAUCUUGGUGAAGCUAGACAGAUAGCCAGAGCGAAAGCGCAACACGCUAAAGAGAUGUUCUGCGAUAUGAGACAGGAUUUGACUCCAGUCCAUGAAGACGGAGAAAUUGUUGAAGACAAGUUGAUAGCUCUUCGAGAAAAUCUCAUCGCACUCGGAAAGAGCGAAGCGGAUAUUGCUCCCGCAAAGGCAGAGCUUCCGGAUAUCGACCGCGACGUAUCAGACGAACAUUCCAUCGUGAGAAUAUUAGAACUAUGGCAGGCCAUGUUUAGAGACACUUUCUUGCAUUACCACCGUUUGUCAACAGCACUUGUUCGAUCUGGAGACGCGGCAACUGCUCUAAGAUUGUGGCACGAGUACUUAUUAGAUCUACAAUCAUUCCUAUCCGCUUCCGUGCCAGCUGAUUACGAGAACUUGACUGAACAUCGUAGACUUUGCAGAGUACACAGGAAUCUCCUCGCCUCACAACGGUCGGUAUUGAUGAAUGAGAAUAAGGAAUCUAAGAACCGAGACCUGGCUGACAAGUUUGACACGCUCACUAAUCUACACAAUGAAACUCUUGCGAGAAUCGUUGAAAGACACGAUGAGGUGUGUACUCGUAUUGCGGCUUGGGACGAAUACAGACAGGUGUACACAGAGCUACUUCGGUGGCUUAAAGAAAUCGAAAGGGAGAAAGAAAAUCUACAGCUUAGGUACGUACACAUAAAGAGGAUACACAAAAUACUAACUAAAGUACAGAAUCUCGCAGACAAACUGCCCGAAGGCCGAAAACUUUCAGAAAAACUAUUAGAAAAUUUAAAGAAAGUAAUUGAAUUCACAGAAGAAACUUACGGAGCUUCUGUAAGAAUGGAGUAUGCGGGUAUUGUUAAGAGAGUUGACAAUUUACAAGCUAGCCUUGACACAUGGCGUGACUUUCUAACUCGAAUUCUUGGCCUUAUCGGUGAAUAUGAAACGUUGACAGAGGACUUGCACAAAUUGUACUCUCAGAUACAAGGAGAGAUCAUGUCAUACUCUGACGACGAUAGAUUAUCCAGACCUCAGCUUAAGAAAGCAAUAGAUAAAUACACUGAUUUAAGGACAAAGAUCGAUAAAACUGAAACACAAAUAGAAGCCCUCAGCGUAAUUCAGGAGCAACUGAAAGAAUGCCUCAGUCCUCAAGAUAUAAGAAUAGUUAAUCAGAAGGUCUGGCAGUUACGUCAACAACGAGCGGACUUGGAACACCAACUUUCUAUCAUAAUUCACAGGCUACAAGAACGGUUAGAAAUCUACACAAUAUUUGACUCAAGACUCUCUCGAUUUAGUGAAUGGCUAAGAACACUCGAAUCACGUCUCGAAACCACUGCAUCUAAUGGUGACGUGGCAUCUUUAAAUCCUCAGGACUUGGUCAGAAGGAUAAAAUCCGACAUACAAGCCGAAACUACUCUUAAGGAGCGUGAAUUCGAAUGGCUAACAGAAACAGGAAGCAUUCUAACCGACCUGGCUAAGAAAGACGAAAAGUCAUAUAGUAAAAAUACAAAUAAACAGCUAAAAGACAUACAAGAACGCUGGCAUAAAUUGCAAGAUACGGGUCGAAUUCGAAUAGCUAGAAUAAACGAAUUAUUGGAAACUAUUACGCAAUUAGAAGAGCGAUUGACAGAAAUAAGGCUUAAAUUACAUACAAUAGAGUCGAACCUAUCAGCGCCAGUUGUCCUCGAACAACUGACCACUAAAGCCGUGGACACUAAAUUCCAGGAACGUGACGAAAUACACAAAAACAUUGAGGACGAGAGCGGAGAGGUUGGCAAAACGUUGAACCACUGUGAGCUUGUAUUUAAUGAUGCUGACGUUCUCAAAGGGAACUUUGAUUUGAGAAACUUACGCACUGGCGUCGAUAUCGUUGAGAAGAAAUGGAAGAACAUCUGCGAUAUGUCAGAACAAAGGAAGAAGACGCUGAAGGAGAUCAGAAAAUCUGCUGAACUUGUUAAUUCGCUACUACCUAAGGUUGAAAAGAAACUUGAUGCAAUUGAAAAGAGGGUGGAAAAGAUUGAGACCCGUAAGCAGCGAGGUGAAGCUGAAGACGAGAGCAUAUCGAAGGCUGUGAUUAAAGACUUAGAUACUUUAGAAGGUGAUGUUAAGAAAUUAGAGGAUGCAUACAGUCGUGUUGCGUCAGCUCGAGGGGUUGAAGUACGAGGGUCUGGAGCUGAUGAUGCGGCGAGGUUAAGGGCUGCGGUGAGGCGAUGGCAACAACUGCGCUGCAGAGUAGACGCGGCUGGUGCUGAUGCUCACCGACAGUUCGUCGCCGCUCAUGGUAAAGCAGUGGUGGCACUAGCAGAAGCUGACGUAAGACUCACUAGAGCAUUGCAUCUUGCUCCAACUCCUACGGAUAAAGUCGCCAUUCUAAAGGAGUUAGAUGGUGUGGAAGGUGAUCUCCGUGAAUGUGAAGCGUUAGUAGAUGAGGCAGAUAGAUUGUCGGUGUCAGUGGCAAGUAUAUCCGGAGUAUCGGAUAUGUUUAGCGAGUAUCGAGCAUUGUUCGCUGACGUCAGGACCCGUUUGGACCUCGCGAGAGCUGAGGUCGUUGAGGAUGUGGAUACCGCUGUACAGGUUGACACAUUGAAAUGGGAAACUGACGCAGCGUUACAAGUGGACACACUAACAUCAAAAGAGACAUAUCGUGUCGAAUUAGCAUCCGCUGUUAAAGAAACAUCGGAGUCUCUAGAAGCACUCCGAACAGCACUGCUCCAAGAACUAAAAGAAAACGCAACUAGCGAAGAAUUAGCUACAGCGGCUAAAGAUAUAGCUAAAGCAGGAGCUAAACCCGAACAAACAUUAGAACUGGCUAAGCAUCUAUCAGAAUUAUUGCUAACCGAAUGCGAUGCCACAGAAGAAGAAGCCUUGUUGAAGGAGGUAGAAUCUCUGUCACUUAGAUACGAAGAUCUCUUGACUCAGGCCAAGAAACGGGAACUGCAGAUCAACAACCUGAGGUUGCCCCACUCGGCAUCGUACGCUCUCACGUGCGAACACGAGUCCGGUCGGGUCACUUGUCCGCUCUGUUCGGAUCGCAACUGGAAACAGCUUGACAACGAUCUUUGGCGGCUGGAACAGUGGCUUCAGUUCGCCGAGGCCACAGAUGAGGCGCGCCACGACCCGCCCGAACAGUACGACGUGUUGGAAGAUGCUAUUCAGGACCACCGCGAGUUCCUCCUGGACCUGGACUCGCACAAGGCGCUGGUGGUGUCGCUGAACGUGGUGGGCGCGCACGUGACGCGGCACGCGGCGCGCGCGGCGGACGCGGCGCGCGCUCGCGAGCGGCUGGCGGCGGCCAACGCGCGCUGGGACGCGGCGUGCGCGCGCGCGGCCGCCUGGCAGGCGCGCCUGCAGCACGCCCUGCUGCACAACGCGCAGUUCCACGACAUCGUGGUGGAGCUGGUGGAGCAGCUGUCGGCGGCGGAGCGCUCGGUGCGCGCUCGCGAACCCUUGCGCCUGGCGCGGCCGGCCGCCGAGCUGCGCGAGGACUUCCGCCGCUUCAGCGAGCUGCGCGACGAGCUGACGCGCGCCGAGCCGCGCGUGCUGGCGCUGCGGGACGCCGCGCAGCUGCUGCGGGACGACGCGCAGCACGUGUGCCGCAGACUGGGCGAGCUCCGCCUCCGCCUACAGUCGCUCCGCAAGCUGUCGGGCGUGUACGCGCUGAAGCUGGGAGCAGCGCUCGCGCGCUCCCCGCAGCACAGCUCGGUGCUCGCCGCCGCCGCCGCCAGCGCCACCGCCACUGCACAGCUGUUGGAGGAGACGCUGCCCGCCUCGCUGCCGCCGCUCGACGACACCGACGAACUUAGUGAAGAACGUGAGCAACGCGAACUAAGCGGCAUUCGCCGCGGAUUACGCUUCGUCUGCCGUGUGGCGCGAGCCUCACUGCCCUUCCAAGCCCUACUGUUACUGCUACUGGGAGCGGCCGCGCUGGCCCCGCUGGCACCCAGCGACUGCCGCAGUAACACGCCCAGUCUGACGCCAGUGCUACGCUACCCACACGGCCCGCCACCGCUCUAGUCCAGUUAUCUACCCGUGAUCCUCCACUGGUAGUCCACUGGUGACCGGGCGCCCCUCCCGCCCUCAGACGCAAACCGAGUUAAUCGAGUCACUCGAAUCGAUUACAUCACAAACCUAUUCUUAUUUAAUAUUCUUUUAUAAAAUAUUUAAUCAAUACUAGUUGAUAGGAUUUAAAUCGAGUGUAAGAGUUGAUUUAAAUCACUCGAAUGUGUAAAUCGAGUCGAUUGACUCGAUAGCUCGUCGCGUUAAGUUAGACAUUCCGACACGACGCCGCCUGUAAAUACGACGAGAUUUUUGUAUAUUUGUAACGUUGGUUAGUUAGCGGCGAUGUCGAUUAUAUUUAUAUUCGUUAUUUAUGUAACACGUAUUUAAAAAUGGCGCCGCACAAAUGUAACGACGGCUUUCUGUACGCAUUCACGCAUUGUUACUUAACUUAUAGUGUAAGGGCUCGUUUACGAUGAUUUCAGUAAAGCCUUACAUCGAU